AUGCACCAAUGCAUAUUAGAGGCACACUACUUGGCGCAUGGUGUGGGGCUUUCUGCAACUAAGGUGGGUGACUUGAGGCAAAGCCGAAAGCAUGCUUUGGGGUGUAGUAGAAAGGUCCGAGGUAUUUCUAUACCUGGUAACACUGUUUCACACCCUUAUAUCCUGGAGGUUGCUGUAUGUUCGUUAGAAACUGUUCAUGCAAUUGGUUUUGCCUUUGAUUUUAAAUUUCGGCUUUCUUUUGCACAAAUGAAAAACAUACACCGAGGGGUUGUAAAGAAGCCAAACAAUGGUGCAAGAGUUAUUAUAACUGCAAUUGCAGGAGUAGUCUUCGGAUACUUAAUUGGGGUUAAUUUUCCAUAUGUUGCUCCUACCAAGAUCACCUUACCUUCAUGCAUUCAUUCGUCGUCUGAAGAAACAAUGACCAUAGAUCAGUCAAAGGCUUUUGAGUUUAAUUCCCCUGAAUUUCUUGGCUCGGUUAAUACACGUGCAACACCUCAGAUUUAUGUUCCAACAAAUCCCCGUGGUGCGGAGCCAUUACCUCCAGGAAUUGUAGUCCCAGAAACAGACUUAUAUUUGCGCAGAUUAUGGGGCGAUCCUAGUGAGGAUUUGAAAAAGAAGCCAAAAUACUUGGUAGCUUUCACAGUUGGUUGGGGUCAGAGAGAGAUGAUUGAUGCAUCAGUAAAAAAGUUUUCUGAGGAUUUCCAAAUCUUGCUUUUUCACUACGAUGGUCGAACAACAGAAUGGGAUCGUUAUGAGUGGUCAAAGCAGGCAAUUCAUGUCAGUGUAAAGAGACAAACUAAAUGGUGGUAUGCAAAGAGGUUUAUGCAUCCAGAUGUUGUGGCGCCUUAUGAAUAUAUUUUCGUUUGGGAUGAAGAUCUUGGGGUGGAACACUUUAAUGCGGAUAGGUAUAUUUAUUUAGUAAAGAAACAUGGUUUGGCGAUUUCUCAGCCUGGCCUUGAACCCAAUAAUGGAUUAACAUGGCAAAUGACAAAGAGAAGAGGUGAUAAAGAAGUUCACAAGGAUACGGAAGAGAAACCUGGAUGGUGCAGUGAUCCCCAUUUACCUCCAUGUGCAGCCUUUGUAGAGAUUAUGGCUCCUGUGUUCUCACGGGAAGCUUGGCGGUGCAUGUGGUAUAUGAUUCAGAAUGAUUUGGUGCAUGGAUGGGGUUUGGAUUUUGCUCUUAGAAGAUGUGUAGAGCCUGCACAUGAGAAAAUUGGUGUGGUAGAUUCACAGUGGAUCGUUCAUCAAGUCAUUCCUACACUUGGGAGUCAGGUUCACAUUGUUCAUCAAGUCAUUCCUACACUUGGGAGUCAGGGUAAUGUUAUGAAUGGGAAGUAUGGAUGGCUAGCGGUAAAAGAUAGGUGCAAAACCGAGUGGCUCCUAUUCCAAGAUCGGCUUGCGAAUGCAGAGAAAGCUUACUUUAAGAAGACAGGGAGAAGGCUAAACUAA